AUGUCGGACUACGACUUCCGCCCAGGUGGCUCCCUCAAGAUCAGAGGGGGCGUCGCUGAGGGCGGCAUCACUAAGAAGAAGAAAAAGUCGAAAUCAAAAGGCGACAAGGACAAGAAGAAAGACGCCGUGAAGGAGGAUUCUCCUGUUCUCACAUCAUCAGCUGACGGUAGCAGGAACUCUCCACUUCCUGGGAGCAGCAGUGAUCGAAAGACAGAGGCAGAGAGGCGUUUCCAGGAAGUACAGCGCAAGAGGCUUGAAGAGCGGGUCAAGAAACUGGCGACGAAGACCCACAAGGACCGCGUUCACGAGUUCAACUCGAAACUCGAGGCGCUCAGCGAGCACCACGACAUCCCCAAGGUUGGACCUGGCUAA